GCUUUACACCGUCACUCCUCCUCCUCCUUCCUCCUCCUCCUCCUCCUCCAGGCAUCCGGAGAAGUUACCAGAACCAGCCGGUGCAUCCAUCCUCCAGCACCGUGACAGCACCGGGACUCAGAGAGCAGCGCAAGCCGCGGCUGCGUUCACCAGAGCGGACACUUUCAUCCGGGGGGAGUCGGUGCUCGGAGCCGUUCAGCCGUUUAGAAAACGAAGAAGAAGAAUUCUUCUUCUUCUUCUUCUUCUACGCUGCGUUUCCUCGGAGCCGAAAAAUAAAAAAGACAUGCCUCCGAAACAGAAGAACAAGUCGUGGUCGGCGCUGAAACAAGCCGGUAACGAAAGUUUCAAGACGGGACAGUAUGGAGACGCCACGAAUCUUUACAGCCAGGCAAUCAAAGAGCUGGAGAAGAACAGUAAAAAGAACCCUGAAGAUUUGGGCAUUUUGUACUCGAACCGCGCAGCCAGCUACCUGAAGGAUGGGAACUGUGCAGAAUGUCUGAAGGACUGCAACAUGUCUCUGGAGUUCUUCCCGUACAAUGUGAAGUCUCUGCUUCGCCGUGCUGCCGCCUAUGAAGCCGUGGAGCGUUACAGGCAGGCUUACGUCGACUACAAAACCGCCCUGCAGAUCGACUGCAACAUCGCAGCCGCUCACGACGGCACCAACAGGAUGACGAAGGCUCUCACAGAGGCAGACGGGCCGUCGUGGCGAGAGAAGCUUCCUCCCAUCCCCACCGUUCCUCUGUCCGUGAGGGAGAAACUGUCCCAGCAGGCGGCAGGAAAACCUGCACCAGGAAAACCUGCACCAGCAACCCCCGCGCAGCCCAACCCCCCCGCGCAGCCAAACCCCACACCGCAGCAGAACGGCAUCAAGAAAACCAAGCCCGCCUCCAGUGAUAAAGACAUGAAGAAAGGACAAGCUCUUAAAGACGAAGGGAACGCGCUGGUGAAGAAAGGAGAGCAUAAGAAAGCCAUUGAGAAAUACAGUCAGAGCCUGAAACUCAACCCCACGGAGGUGACGACCUUCACCAACCGGGCUCUGUGCUACCUGUCAGUGCAGCGGUACCAGGACGCCAUCAGAGACUGUGACGAGGCUCUGACGAUCGACAGCAGCAACGUGAAGGCUCUUUACCGGAGAGCUCAGGCUCACAAGGAGUUGAAGGACACGAGCGGCUGCGUGACGGACCUGAACACUCUGCUGAAAGUGGAACCAAAGAACACGGCGGCCAUGAAGCUGCUGCAGGAGGUGCAGAAGAAGAAGUGAGGAGGCCCCGGGGCCCCGGGCGGUGGUAGGAAUCCAUCACUGCACCGUGUGCACAAAAGAGCUCCACUAAACCAGUACCGUUCCUCUGAAAGUCGGGCGGCGCAGACGCAAUUUCUGUUGCUCUGAGACUCAAACAAAAAAAAGAAAAAAGAUAAAAGCUCCACACUGAACGUGUUUGUUCUCUUUGCCGUGUCUGAACGCGAGCGCGGCCUCUGGAAACGAGCGAGGACGAGUCGGAAAAACCAAGCCUUUAGAACGUUUGUAUUUCACACCGUUGGUUUCAUUCAAUAUUCAUCAUUCUGCAAAUAAAUCUUUGUAAAAAGAAAUAUGUUAAUUACUGGGAACAUGAACGAACGGCACACAGCGUUGCAUUCUGGGACGGGGAACCAGAUAGUGAAGCACGUUUCCCCCGUCGAGCAGAAACAUCUUUAUUAAUCGCAAGAAGCCGACGUUCAGCUGACGUCCCGCCUGCUCUCGCCUCAUUUAGGAAAGAAAAACUAAAGUUUAUAAUCAAACUUAAUUUAAAAACUAUAUUUAAUUACAUAUGAGUGUAUAUAAUUCACAUUUCAUAAUAUAGUUACCCCAAAUUCAACAGUUCAUGAAGCAACUUCAAAUUCCCUUUUGGGCUACAGAUGUUUCCGUGAUCACAGAGUUUUAUCUGCUCAUCAAUAAUAUUGAUAAAGUCUUUAUCUAACAAUAUUAUUGUUGGAUAAAGACUCAAUAAACGAUGCCUGGAGUCCAAAUACAUUGCUGUGUAACCUCCACAUUUCCAGCCAAUAAUAAAUGACGUAUAAUGAUAAUAAUAAUCACACCGUACAUUUUCUAAAUUGCAAGAAGUUACUUUGAUAUUUUUUUCUAAUGAAGAAAAUAUCUUGGUAUCUGAUUUGAACAACAGUUGCACUGCAAAAAUGGCUCAGAAAAGCAGCUAAUUCUCUUAUUUGUGGGUGUAACUUCAGCGCAAAUUGGAGUUUUUACAGUUUUAGGCCAGUUUCACUCGUUUUUCAUUCAGUUUACUUCAGUUUAUCUUCUUAUUUUAUCGCCUGACAUUUUCAUAAUGCGUUUUAUUUUGCAGCAGACUCACGUUUAGAGACCAAUAUCUCUCUUUAUUUAACUCCAUAUUAAUCAUGAUGGAAGUGGAGUUCCCCACAGGGAAACGGGCGUACGAUCCUCCUCUUACGGGUUCUUCUGUACACAAGUCUCGUACUUUCAUCUCGUUUCUCGUUUCAUUGCAGUUGAAGUGAAUCUUCUCAUCGCGGCGGCGGCUUGUAAUUUCCAGCUUGACUGAAGUUCCUGCCGCCGACUUUCACCGGUCGCUCUGCGACGGAAGGAGAAAAAAAAAAGCACCUCCGGAUGUUUGCAUCAUAUUUUUAUCCAGGAUUUCACGUCGAAGAUUUGUUUUAGAAAGCACUUUUUUCCCCCUGGUCUGAUUUAAACGAUGACUUAAAGUAACGUCAUGCAACAUUUACUGACAUCUAGUGGUCAAGUUGGAGAUGGCAACCGUUUCAAACACCUUCAUAGGCAGAAUACAAGUUGGAUACAGGGUCCGUGUACUUGGCGGCCAUCCGUUUUUUGUUUUGAAAUGACAAAAUAAAAAUAGAGAAAUA